AUACCAAAUAAUGGUAACCUGAAGAUGAUGAAGAUGGCAUACCCCCUGGGACUAUUUGUGUGCCUGUUCAUCUAUAUCACCUACAUCAAGUGGCACUGGGUCUCCACCACCCAGGCCUUCUUCAGCAUAACUGAGGUAGCCCCAAGGACCCACUUAGAUUCCCUGGAGAUGACUGCACAUGUUGACAAGGUCUUCUAUAGAAUCAUGUCUGAUGCAAGAAGCACUGGCACCUGAGUACAUAUCUUUCAAUUCACCUGGCAGCUUGGAAAAACUCCCACCUUAACUCAUGAAACCUUCAAAGCACUCCAGCCAGACCUAUCUGCUUAUGCUGAUGAUGUUGAAAAGAAUGUCCCAUUUAUUCAGAAAUUAUUGGAUACUGCUAAACAAGAAAUUCCUUUUGACUUCUGGAAGGUUGCCCCCUUGGUUCUCAAGGCUAUAGCUGGUUUAUGUCUGUUACCAGGAGAAAAGGCUCAGAAUUUACUACAAAAGGUGAAAGAAGUGUUUAAGACAUCACCUUUACUUGUAGGGGAUGACAGUGUUUCCAUCAUGAACGGAACAGAUGAAGGCAUUUCAGCCUGGAUUACCAUCAACUUCCUAACAGGCAGAUUGAAAUCCCCAUGAAGCAGCAGUGUGGGCAUGCUGGAAUUGGGCAGAGGGUCCACUCAGAUCACCUUCCUUCCAAGAGUUGAGGAUACUCUUCAGACCUCCACAUCCAGAUACCUGACAUCACUACAGAUUUUUAAUAGGACCUACAAGCUCUAUUGCUACAGCUACUUGGGGCUCGGAUUGAUGUCAGCUCGGCUUGCGAUUCUGGGCAGUACAUAGGGUAAACCUGUGGAGGAUGGAAAGGAGUUGGUUAACCAUUUGUCACCCAGUUUCAAAGGAGAGUGGGAACAUACAGAAAUAACAUACAGACUUUCAGGACAUAAGACGGCAAUGAAUCUCCAUCAGCUGUGUGCCAGCAGAAUGUCGGAAGUCCUUCAAAAUAAAGUGCACAGAAUGGAAGAAGUGAAGAAUGUGGAUUUUUAUGCUUUUUCUUACUAUUAAGACCUUGCAGCAAAUGUUGCCCUCAUAGAUGCAGAGAAGGGAGGCAGCCUAGUUGUCGGAGACUUUGAGAUCGCAGCCAAAUAUGUGUGCCAGAUGGUGGAGACCCAACCACAGAACAACCCCUUCAUGUGCAUGGAUCUCACCUACAUCAGCUUGCUGCUCCAAGAAUUCAGCUUCCCGGGAAACAAAGUGUUGAAGAUAAGGACUCGCCUCUUGGGUACCCCUCUGACUCAGAAAAUCAACAAUGUUGAGACCAGCUGGGCUCUGGGGGACAUUCUUCAUUACAUCAACUCUCUAAAUGGACAGAAGAGGAUGGCCUCAUAG